ACAUAACUUGUUUAAAUAAUAGAGCGAAGGAUCGUAGAGAGCUUGGGUGACACGAAUGGUAUAUAUAAACCGUUGAGUUAACUUAGAAAACUCUCUUAGAUUCCAAACGUGUCCGGUGCUCCAAUGGGGAAACUUUUCUGGCUUGCCAUUGCGAUUGCGAUAGGACUUGUUUUAAGCAACUGGGUUCAUGGCUUUCAAGGAUAUGAAUAUCACCACUUGAAUGAAACAGAACCCUCAUUGCUGGAGGCUCAUGAAUCAUCUUUGUUUCAGAGCAAUACUCUCUUCGUGGGACUCACCCUUAUUCAUACUGCAGCUGCCAAAGGAGCAGUGUGCUUGGAUGGAUCUUUACCUGCUUAUCAUUUGCAUCGGGGUUAUGGAUCAGGAGCAAACAGCUGGCUUAUUAAUUUAGAGGGAGGUGGAUGGUGUAACAGCAUUAGAACAUGUGUUUAUCGCAAGAGAACACGGCGUGGAUCAUCCACAUUUAUGGAAAAGGAGAUUCCUUUUACGGGAAUACUGAGCAACAAAGCUGAAGAAAACCCAGAUUUUUUCAAUUGGAACAGAGUAAAGAUUCGUUAUUGUGAUGGAGCAUCAUUUACCGGUGAUAGUGAAGACAAGACAGCAGACCUACAAUUCAGAGGACAGAGGAUUUGGGCAGCCGCAAUAGAAGAUUUGAUGUCCCAGGGAAUGCGCUUUGCCGAGCAGGCUCUUCUCUCCGGAUGCUCUGCUGGUGGCUUGGCUACUAUCAUACACUGCGACGAAUUUCGCAACCUCUUUCCUAGGACCACCAGAGUGAAGUGUCUUAGUGAUGCCGGAUUGUUUCUUGAUGCAAUUGAUAUAUCUGGUGGCCAUACCCUCAGAAAUUUCUACACCGGUGUCGUAGGAUUGCAGGGAGCACAGAAGAAUUUGCCCGAGAUAUGUACUAAUCAUCUUGACCCCACAUCGUGCUUCUUCCCCCAGAACUUGAUUGCGAGUGUUAGAACCCCGCUAUUCAUUCUCAAUGCUGCUUAUGAUUCAUGGCAGAUCCAAUCGAGUAUAGCGCCUCCAUCAGCAGAUCCACAUGGAUAUUGGCAUGAUUGCAGAUUAAACUAUGCUAAAUGUACUACAUCACAGAUCCAAUUUCUUCAAGGAUUCAGGAUUCACAUGCUGAACAUUAUAAAAGAGUUCUCAAGAUCAUACAAGAAUGGAUUGUUCAUCAAUUCAUGUUUCUCUCACUGCCAAUCUGAGAGGCAGGACACAUGGUUCGCUGAAAAUUCUCCAAUCGUGAAGAACAAGGUAAUUGCUGUGGCUGUUGGAGAUUGGUAUUUCGACCGCGCAGGUGUGAAGGUGAUUGAUUGUCCUUACCCUUGUGAUAAUACCUGUCACCAUCUCGUAUUCAGAUCAUGACCCCAAUUU